AUGGCCUCACUAGAAAACACCAACCUGGCCGAAAGGAGUGGCAUCACAAGCUCCAUGUGCCCAGAAUGCAAUGGCAAUCAAGAUAGGCCAAACGGGACCUUGAAUCAUCUAGAGGGAGAUAGCUGGCUUUGGAGGGCUGAGAUCUCCAAUGUAUCAUCACCUAUUUUGGCCGCGCAUACGGCCGACGAUUGGGUUCAUGAGUUGGAGCUCGCACCGAUCCAUAUGACCUCGCGGGUUUCAAGCCGGCUAUUCCAUAAACGCCAGGUCAGGGACCCGACCAAUGCCAGCCCUAGUACGGAGAGCUUAUUACAUAGCUUCUCUUCAUCAACUGAGAGUUCACCUACCAGUGUUCCAUCAGGAAAUCAGCUCAGACCAGUCCGAAGUGGAACACCUUUCGUACGCCGCGAUGCCAUUUCGCUUCAAGGAAGUCCCCCUCGACAUUUUCUGGCUGCUAUCUCUGAAGAAGAUGCGCGUCAUCAAGGCCUUAAAUUUCCAUUGCGUAUCGGAGGUCUUUACACCAGCUUAGCAUGA